UCGCUGUAAAAUGUACAUUUUUAAACGCAACAUUCGGUCAUACUGUAGACAUACAUUAGUUUUUUGUUUAUGUUGGGAAAUCGUCGGAAAAUUCGGCUGUUUUCUAUGUGCGCUACCAUGAAAAGCUGCUAAAAAGCUAAAUAUAAAAAUCAGCGCAGCGCGCGGCCGUCUGUCGGCGCAUUGUUUUGUAAGUGCAGUCAGCAGGCAGCAGCAGCAGUCGUCUAUUGGGAAAAAAUUAUGUGAAGCAGAAGAAACGCAGUUUCAGUUUUUGUGUGUGUAUGUGUAUGUACAUUGUUUUUGUAUGUGUAUUGUGCAAUGAGAAACUGGAAAACCAUUAUUAUUAAUGAAAACGCGUGAAAUGUACAACAACUACAACUACCAACUCCUCCCACUUGUAAGUGUGUGUGUGGUUGUGCGGGGUGCGCAUUGAAGAAGGGUGUUUGCGUAUGUAUGUGUGCGUAUGCGUGUGCCUGUUUGUGCGUGCACGAUAAAGACUUGUGUAUUUGAGGACAAUACACGUACAUAUGUAUGUAUGUAUGUAGAUAAAUGUCAAAGACGUCGACGCGUAAUAUGCACACACAUUAAUAACGCCAAAGGUCAAAAGUUAAGUUGGAAACAGGACCAAGGCGCCGAUAUGCUAUAAGAAGACAGCCAACGGCAGAGCGAGCAAGCGAACGAGAGCGAGCGAGACAGAGAGCGAAUGUUGGUGGUGUGAGUGUGAGUGCACUCAAUAGGAAACAAAGAGAAGAGCACGAAAAGCAACCGCGACCGGGUGAAAAACCGACGGCUGAAGAGCGGGACGACAAAACAAAAGACUGCUAAAAGCUAAACAACAAAACGAAGCAACAACACCAAUAACAAUAAAUAAAAACAACAACCACAACAACACCAAUACUCAAGCUAUAAAGCGAAAAUGUCGGCGGCGGAGCUUGAAGCUGAAAGUUCCGCACAGGAGCAGCAUCCACAACAACAACGGCCACAACAACAAAGCGAACACAACACAAGCAACAACAGCACUGCCAAUGAUGCUGAAGCAACCACAUACGAUGUUCAUGAUGUUCAUGAGACCAACAACUAUAACAACAAUAACAACAACAAUGCCGAGCAACAGCUGCGGCUUAAUAAUAUGCAACAGCAUGCACAGCAGCAGCAACAACAACAGCAAUUAGAUCAACAGGGUGACUUGGGUGUGGGAUUGUCACUGAUGCAAUCAUCACCACCGCCACACAGUUAUCGACACUCACGCGCUUAUCGGCACUUUAAGAAUCCGCCACAGCCGCACAUGUGUAUUCGGACGACGACAGAGACGGGUGAGGAGCUGUUCAUCAAUGUGUUGAGCUGGACACGCAUUGUCAUACCCCAGGAGCCCAGUGAUCCAAUACCGCUGUAUGGCGGCAUGCGGGUGCCUCCUGGAAGUCCACGCAGUCCGCCAAUUGUAUUCGCUGUCAUGGCUAAUCCGGAGGUGCUCAAGGAUUCGGGACGCCACAGCAAGGAUCCGGAGGAACGGCGUGCCAUGGUUGAGCUCAUGUGCGAUUUUGUGGAGGCUAUGAAUCCCGGCGUGAAACUAGUCAGAAACGCCGUCAUACUCAAGGAUCGCGACAUCUCCGGCGAGCUGAAGGAUGUCUGGAAUGCGGUGCAGGCGCAACGUGAUCGCGAGCGCGAGGAGCAAAUGCUGCAGCAACGCCAGCAGCAGCACUAUCAAAAUAUCACCACACAACAAAUGUUUCCCAAGUCGCCCGAUGCGGCGCGUGCAGGGAGUUCUACUCAAUCAUCGUCUGGUGCUGAGAUCGGUUUACCGCCCGCUUACAAUGCGGAUCUGAUUCCAGUUGAACAACAAGGUAACAAUGGCAUUACACUGGCCGUCUUUGCUCAACAGUUGGACAACAAGGUGGCCAGCGAGCAGUUGGAGGAGCAACAAGAGCAAACGACGACUGCCAACGAUGCGCAGCCAGCUGGUGAAGGUUGUGCUGACCAAACAGAUGCUGGUGGUGGUGUUAAUGGCACAAAUGGCACAACGCCAACAACCGGGGAUAACGGAGAAGCUGCAGAGCAAGAGCCAGAAGGCAAAACGCCCAGCACUGCCAGCAAUGGAGGAAGUACAACCACAAAUUCAUCCACGCCAGCAGCUGCUGUUCAGUCCCCAGCCACGCCUCCAACGACAGCAACGCCCACCCCGACGCCGACGCCAAUAGCAGCGCCGGCCAAAAAGGAAAAACUUGGCGGAUUCUUGCCAAACGGUUGCAUUUUCCCGCGUUUCAAGAACAACAAGCACAAGGACAAGGACGGGAGCAAUCACAAGGAGAGCAAAAGCAAAGAGAAGACGUUGCUCAAUGCGCUGAAGAAGAGCAAGGAGAAAAAGGUGGCGCCCAGCGAGCAAACGGCCAGUGAGAAAGCAACAGCGAUCAACAAUAGCAGCAGUGGCAACAGCGACAAUGGCAAUAAUGGAGGCGCAACCACACAGUACGAGAAGAACUGCAUCAAUAAUCUCGAGUGUGAGGUGCAGAAGCUUGAUUUGAAUAGCAGCAACAACGACAACAACAUGUUCAUCAAGCUGAAAGUGGCGCCCAGUGCAACGGCCGCGGCAGCUGCGACGGCGGCCAAGUAGAAGAUAAGUAUGUGUAGAGUAGAGUAGUUCCGAUCACAAGUUUGGUAAGUAAGCGAACCGAUAACGAUAACGAUAGGCGCGAAGCAUAGAGACGAGAAGUAAAAACAACUACCCAAAACUAGCACUUCACUAGCACCUAGGCGUAUUUAGAGGAGACUCUCGUAUACAAGAUUUACAUAUAUAUAUAUAUACAAAAAUACGUUUAUAUACAGUAUACAUAGGAGUACAUAUAUGUAUGUAUACUAUAUGUACCAUAUACACAGUUGUAUCAGUCAAUUUUUGAAGCAAAACAAAAUAUAUAUACUAUAUAUCGACAGACUCUCAAAUCGAACAAGUAAAAGUUGUGCCAUUCUCCAAAAAUAUACCGACCCAACAAAAUACAAGUUUGUGUAAGCAAACCAAUUUAUAUGUCGUCUGGUUAUAUCCAUAGUUUCUCCAGGAAUUCUUCCCCCGGCAUACGUACGUAAAAUGACAAAAAAAAAAAAACAAAGUAUUUAUAUAGUUCAAUAUUCGUAUGUUUCGCAUACAGUUUGCCUUAUAUACAAACCGAGAGAGACAAAAGCAAAAAUACAAAAUAAAUAA